ACUGUACAGACAAACUAAUGGGAAAUAUUUCUUCGAUUCAUGUAUAAAAGCAAAAUCAAGAUGAGGAUGUAAGAAAUUUUGUCCCAGGUAAUUUUCCCUCUAGCUUUUGAUGGUUGGAAACCCUUAAAAAAAAGGGGUAAAACUCCAUUAUAAGCCCCACUUCCAAAGAAAGAAAGAGGGCAAAACUGGGUUUUUUCUUUCUACUAUCAUAACUGGUGGGCGAGUGGGAAGCAGGGACCACAAUCGCUACAAAAACAAUGCAAGAACAUAGAAGGUAAAAGAGAAGAACUAGCAGGGCCAGGUUCGUUAUAUUCGAUAUCCAAUCCAAGAGCCGCAGCCGCAGUUGACUGCCAUCGCAGCCACCGGUGGAUCGCCACUCUGUUGCCACACGUGGGAGAGUAAAAUACCUUGCUACUUGAAUCAUUCAUUACUUCAACAAAGAUUUUGGUAAAUGUGAAUGGGAAGCGUUUGCUGCUUCCCACAAGUCACUUGCUUGCUCCGUAGAUCAGCUUAUAAUUUUGCCUAAGGUGUACUUGACUUGCCAAAGUGAGGAUUUUGCAAGGACAAGAGAGGAUCAUUGUUCUAUAAUGGCAGAUUCUGCGAAACUCCCUGUUCCUGACAAGCACACCAAAAAUGAGGACUGGACAGUUGUGUUACCUCGUCGAGGUAAAAGGAGGAUAUGUUCCCGGAGAAAUAGUACUCCAGAAGCUAAACAGCAGCCAUGGGUGCCUACUGAGCUUGAAUCAGAUCCAGAUAGAGAAUUGAAGUUGAUACAAAAGAUGGAAACCUGUAUCAAGAAAGUUGAGAGCUCUCAAUUCUAUCAGAACUUUUUGGAGCUAGUCGAAAAUCCUGACAUCCUGAAUUCUUUUCACAAGGUUCUGGGCUUGGAACUGGAGAUGCCGAUGGUGAUAUAUGGAAUUGGCAGCAUUGAAUCAUAUGAAACCCCUCGAUUUCAGCUGAGCCUUGCAAUCUUGAUGAAGAGGAAGUUCAAUUGGAUUGGGGACGUGGAGGUUUUUGAUCCAAUUCUUUCUGCAACGGAAUCUCGGGUUCUGGAAUCCCUUGGUUGUUCUGUUCUAUCUGUAAAUGAGCAAGGUCGCAGACGGGCUACAAAGCCAACACUUUUCUAUAUGCCACAUUGUGAGGCAGAGUUAUACAACAAUCUCUUACAGGCAAACUGGGAAUUGGAACUGCUGAAUCAUAUUGUAUUAUUUGGAAAUAGCUUUGAGAUGUAUGAGUUCUUGUCAGAGAUUAAGAAGUCCUUUAUUGUUGAUUCAACAGGGCAUAUUUUGGCUGCUCGAAAAUUCACUGAUGAGCAUGUACUCAAGAUAGCUUCGGAUGAUUAUUUUGCUGCUUUCCAUGAUUCAAGCUGGCAUUUCUUCAGCCCUGCUCUUGAUACGGAGCUGCUGCUAGUUAAAAAUCAAUUUCUGUGCACGUAAUGUGCUUCAGAAACUGCAUCUUAUUUGAAACUUGAUAUUUUUUUGGAUAGUUCAAUGGAAAUGGUCAAAUUGUGUGUUUUUGCUGCA